AUGUUACUUCAGAAUUUUGCUCAAAAAUUAACGAACGCCGAUCGUGCUUCGCUGUUUCUGGUGGAUCACAAAACGAAUGAACUGUACGCACGGAUCUUUGAUGUUGGCACGCGUGAUGAUGAGCGUAUCAAAAUUAAUGAAGACGGAAGUAAGGAAAUUAGAUUCCCGGCCGGUAAAGGUAUCAGUGGUUAUGUAGCAUCUACUGGCCAAGUGCUGAAUAUUGAAAAUGCUUAUGAGGACCCAAGAUUCAAUAAAGAAGUUGAUCAGAAGACUGGUUAUCGUACAAGAAAUAUUCUUUGUAUGCCUAUUUUUAUUCGUGGAUCGUAA